AUGAGGGGAGGGAGGGGGGUGCAGUUUGGGGAAAGCACAGGUGGGCCCAGGCCUUUCCCGUGCCCUCCGGGGGGCAUCCAGGAAGUGAACGUCAACCAGAACCUGCUGACCCCACUGAAGAUUGAGAUUGACCCCCAGUACCAAGCGGUGCGGACUCAGGAGACCCGAGAGAUCAGAACCCUCAACAACCAGUUCGCUUCCUUCAUUGAUAAGGUGCGGUUCCUGGAGCAGCAGAACAAGGUCCUGGAGACCAAGUGGAACCUGCUGCAGCAGCAGGGGGUGAACACCAGCCCCCAGAGCCUGGACUCUUUCUUUGAGGGCUACGUGGCCCACCUCCGGAAGUGGCUGGAGCAGCUUCAGAGAGAACAAGGGCAGCUGCACGCUGAGCUGAAGACCUUUUUUGACCAGGAGGAGGAAUAUAAGGCCAAGUAUGAGCAGGAGGCCCACAAGCGUGCCACAGUGGAGAAUGACUUUGUGGUCCUCAAAAAGGAUGUGGAUGGGGUUUUCCUAAGCAAGAUGGAAAUGGAAGAUAAGCUGAAGUCUCUGAGAGAGUACAUAUGCUUCCUGAGGCGCCUAUAUGAAGAAACCCAGGCCAGCGACACAUCCGUGGUCCUGUCCAUGGACAACAACCGCUGCCUGGACCUGGACGGCAUCAUCGCCCAGGUCCGCGCCCGGUACGAGGACAUCGCCCGGACCAGCAAGGCCGAGGCCGAGGCGCUGUACCAGAGCAAGUACCAGGAGCUCCAGGCGUCUGUCCAGUUUCACGGGGACAGCGUGGAGGUGACCAGAGUCCAGAUCACGCAGCUGCAACAUGCCAUUCAGAGGCUGCAGAGCCAGAUUGAGAAAGUGAAGAAGCAGAACGCUGGCCUGCAGGAGGCCACCGCCGACGCCGAGCAGCAUGGGGAGCUGGCCCUCAAGGACGCCCAGGCCAAGCUGGACGAGCUGGAGGCGGCGCUGAGGGCCGCCAAGCAGGACCUGGCGCGGCUGCUGCGCGAGUACCAGGAGCUGAUGGGCACCAAGCUGGCGCUGGACGUGGAGAUCGCCACCUACCGCAGGAUGCUGGAGGGCGAGGAGUGCCGGAUGUCUGGGGCAUGCACCAGCCAGAUCACCAUCUCCGUCGGAGGAGGCAGGGCUGCUGCGAGCGGAGGAGUGGCCGGCGGCCUGGCGCGCCGCUGUGGACCUGGGGGUGGGGGGGGCAGCUUCGGCUCCAGCUGCUCCAGCGCCGUGACCGGAGGUUCCAGCGUCAUCCUGGGCUCCGGGCAGCGCCCCCCGUUGGGCUCCUGCUCUGUGUCAGGCUGGGGGCUGUGCACAGUUUUGGGGUGA